UUCGUGAGCUUUUAUUGGGCGUGGACGGAGCUGGCGGUGCACGGGCAGCGGAUCGACGCCGAGUCUUCGCGGCGGUGCCGGUCCGACAUCAAGGUGACGUCAUCGGGGUCGUCUGCCGCGUUUUUUGUCGUUCUGGGAGGGGGGUCGUCUCAUUCUCGCGUGGGUCGACAGGUGUCGCUGGCGAGCGCGGCGUGGAUCGAGGGAGUCGGGACGGCGGCGCUGACGUUCUUCGGGGAUCUGCUCGCCGAGAAGUCGCUCAAUCCGUAUAAGAUCCCGAUGGCGGUUCUCGUGACGGGGACCGUCUUCGUCUGUCUCGACCGGACCGGGGGAUAUUUCAAUCCGCUGCUGGCGUCCGCUCGGCGGUGGGGAUGCGAGGGAGCGACGUUCUGGCAACACUGCGUGGGGUAUUGGGUCGGGUCGGCGGCGGGGGAGCUGGCCAGGCGGAGGGGCCGGCGGGAGGGG